CAAGCACUAAGCAUACAUUCGUUUGUGAUGCGUCGCAUUUGGGUCCUGUCUUACUUAUUCCUUAUUGGGUUGGCAUUGGUAAAGACCACUCCGAAGGAACUUCACUCAGAAUCGAUUUUUGAAGAUGAAGUCGCACUAAGGUCCAAGUCAAAUAAAGCUGAUGCUCCGCUGACAAAAACUACAACACCAGCGUCAGCAUCGAAUUUGUUCUUUAAAGGCAUUACAACAACCCGACCACCUGUGGCAACCAGGCGCAUUGUAGCCAAGUCAAAGGGUAAGGAUCCAGAAGGAACUGACCUCCACCGCAAGCACCGCACACAUCACAAACAUCAGUCAAAAAACAAAAAAAAGAGCUCAACUAAUCGUGCCGAAGCGAACCGACAAAAGGAUCAUAGUCCCCAUAAUCCCCAAAAAAAACCCGAAAAGAAAGGCAGUGACAUUCCCUAAGUCAAAUCUUUGAAAGAUGUAAAUACAUAAGUGAUUUCUCUGCUGUAUAAUACCUAGUACUUAUCCCUGACAAUACAAAUGUAAUAAAUUAUACUAACUAAAAACAUUA